UCUCUCUCUCUCCCUCUCUCUCUUUCUCUCACGGUGAGAGUCUUCCUGUACUUAGCCACAAUGGGAGCACAGAUGGUCACAGAUGGGGUUUGUACUUUGUAGACAUAUUAAAGUGAAAUCCAGAGCCAUGUGUGUUUUCUGCCCCGUCCUUUAGCUGGUCAGAUUAAACAGCUGUCUGUAAUCCCACGGUAGAUUGUGACAAGGAGGCAAAGCAGGACAGAUGACUCUCUCUCUGUCUUUCAACUGUUGGGAGCUCAGGGCCUCUUAGCCAAAGCUUGGACACUCCCAGAAUCCCCUGGGAGACUAUGCAGCAGUUGCCAAUAGAGAUGAGGGGGUUCAGGAUCCCCUCAGGAGCAAAUUAGGUUCUGAUUAAGGGCCGUGUUUCAAACAGGAUGCUUUGCAGCAUCAGUCACACGCAGUGAAAGUCCCAUAGGAAUCAGGUGACUUCCUGGUUGUCCUGGUAUACCAGUCUGAUUUAUUAUUUAGUUGUGUUUGCAUUUAGCUAAAACCACUUUGGAACUAAAUGAUCUAUUUUCCUCUUAGCUCAAACACAACCAGGCCUAUAAGUGAUAGAACUACUUCAAGUCAUUUCUUUUCCAAGUGAUUUAUUUGACUUUACGGAAAAUUCAAGUUGUUCCAAAUUUAGCUGGAGCCGACUGUUUAUGUAAUGCCAGCAUCUGUGUGUGUGUGUGUGUGUAUGAUUCUUUCUCUGGUGAUCCAGCAUGGGGCUGACUUGGGUGACAGAUGGACACAAAGGUCUGGCUUUACCUGCCUACAUUUGGCCAUGGCACAGAGAAUGUUCUCCACACACCCCUACGCUCCACACACAUACAGUAUGCUGGCCUGCGGCUAUUUUUGUCAGCAAGGGCAUUAACUCUAACACCUGUUCUGUUUAUUGCCCAGGGGCAUUGGUCAUGUUCUUAAUAAAUGCGCUGCUAACAGGGACCACAAUCCCAAGGGUAGGAUCUGGGGGAGAAAAGAUUGACAACUUGGCACCAUCAACCUUUAAGCUUGUAUCCUUUGAUUUAGCUUUGACUUACAAAAGGAAACACAGAUAACUGUGGCUUCAACACUGACGUGAUGUCAGGCAUCCUCUGGUAACAGUAUCUGGUUUGUAAUUUGAUGGGUUUAACGAGAGACACUGGCCAAGCAACUUCCAAUAAACAUCAUUGUUCAUUAGAUACCAAGAUUUACCAUUAAACACCAGUGUUCAGCAUUAAAUCCCAGAAUUCACUGCAUUUAACACCAACAUUUAACAUCAAACAUGCAACUCAAGCUUUGGAGACUGGAUCUCUCACUUCUUGCACAGAUCAGUUCCAGCCUUAUUCAGGGAAGAUUGAUUAGUUUAAUCAGAUCUAGCAGAUUUGAACUCUUCUGGAAGGUAGAUCUCUAAGAGGAUGUGUAGAGGUCUCUACAUCAGUGUGAAUGGUGGAGAACAUUCUGGAAACUUGCCACACAGCACACCAACCCAAUACCUGUGUUUGUCUGAUAUCUGUUGGAAGACAUUGAUCUUCAGAUUCACUUGUACAGUAUUACAUGGACUGGCAGUGAGCACUGAGUAGAUUUAGAGUGGAGAGCCUGAGGUGAUCUUGCAGUAUCUCAUUAUAGCACUUUACCUGUUUUAGCACACCUGAGUCAACUCACAAAUGGCUUUAUAAUUACCUACUGAGUUGAAACAGGUGUGUUAGAGCGGAGCAAACAUGCACCACAGGUGAUGCGAGGCAUCUCGAUCAUCAAGCUGAAAACCUGUGGUACCAAAUCAGCAACUCUGCAACCCCAGGAAUUAUACUGCUUGUCUCCUGGAGGGUAGAGUGCCCCCUGUCUGCCCGCAGGAGUCGUUCUUUUGCACCCUGUCAGCCAACUGCAGCUGUUGUCCCAGUAAGGUCAAGCACUAAUUAUCUGCCUGUUAGCAGUUUGGCUGUGACCCUGUAUGUUUGGUUAUUUUUGCACUUGACCGUUCUGCUGAUAGGAGAUCAGGGCUGGAAGCUGAUGGCGGAGAUGUCUCUGAACCUGGUCUGGAUAACCACAUGGUCCGGGCAUGUGUUUGAGCGUGUGUGUGUGUGGGUGUAUAUAUGUGUGUGUGUGUGUGUGUGUGUGUGUGUGUGUGUGUAAGGAGGGUUUGUUGGAGGCCUAGCUGACCCAGUGGAAGGUGACAGGCGAAUGGAGUAGAAGGCAGCUGAUCCACAGUGAGUGACAGGACUGAGACAAGAGGCGCCUGAAAGAGAGCCUGCUGCUCGACACAUGCUCAUACAGAGUCACACAGACACACACACACACACACACACACACAAGCACACUUAUAAUUAUACUCACUUGGGAACACACAAGUACAUACGCCCUCAUUUGCACCCUUUUUCAAGCAUGGUUAGUGUCUCAGCAUUGCACAUUGCUCUGAAUUAUUGCACAAGCAUAUUGUAGACUCAAAAACAUGUAGGAUCUGUCACUUGAUGAGCCCUGAUAGCGAUACCAUCUGUGUAAAUAGUUCUUCUUUAAUGAGUUUUAAACCUGCUUCUCUCUGAAUCUGGACUCGUGACCAGUGGCAGCCAUGUCUCUUAACUGGAUUUACAUGCUGACAGACUGUGCACGAGAUACUUGGAGAUACUCUUUCAGGGACUGGACUAACUCUUUGUGUGAGGGAGUGGAGGAGGAAAGGGGUCAGGAGGACAAACUGCCAGGAGGAUAAGCUGCCCUUUUGCCCCUGGAUAAGGUGAUAGAACCUGACUGGUGUAAGCAUAGUGAUUGAGGGGGUAUUGCCUUGUUUGGAAGAGAGAAGGAUUGAAAAGUGGAGGAAAGAGCAGGGAGCAGGUGCAGAGGUUGUCCUGUGGAGUCAAGUAGGCUGUUUGUAUAGGUUUUUACCUUGAUUUUACUCCAAUGUCUCUCCCCUGUCACAUCAAUGAUACCUGUCUUUGCAAGUGCGGAGGCCAAUGUGUGGUUUUGCCAUGGCAUGUGUGGCAACUCACUUCAUUAUCAGAAGAGAGAACUAAACCAAUCGUUCCAUUGAAGCCAGAGAGCAUUGGAUGGCUACAGCAUCAACAUGAAUUCCAGUGUUAGGAGAUAAACUGAUGUCAACUGCAUCAUUUGUGAGGAAGAUUCUGUAAUGGAUGUUGAUUCUUUGAAUGAGGCUGUUUGAUGAAGGUAGUCUUUGUUAUAGCGGUAGACUCAAUGAAAGAGGUUCCAUGAUGGAUGUAGAUUCUCUGAUGUAUGUAGAGUCUGCAUGAUCAAGGGUAGAUCUUAUGAUGGAGAUAAUCUCUAGUGAUGGAUGUAGACUCUGAAGGAAGACCUAUGAUGUGUUAGUGUAGGUGUGAAUGGUGAAGAACAUUCUAGAGAGUUCCUACCAAGUACACCAACUUAAUAACUGUUUUUAGUUAGAGACUGUGAUGUAGGUAGGCUUUAUGAUGAGGUAGUCUUGAAGGAAGCUUGAGGAUGGAGUUAGAGUGUGUGAUGCUACACUCUGUGAUGGAGGUUACUCUCUGUAACUGAGGUAAAAGGAAUAGAGGCUGGAUCUUAAAUGGACAUAGAAUGUAGAUUCUGUGAUAGAGGCUCUAAUGAAGAUGGACUCAUUGAGGGAUGUAAACUGUAAUGGAGCUUUGUUCUGUGAUAGAUGUAGACUCUGUGAUGGAUGGUUUGUCUCUGCUGUUGACUGUAUCAUAGAGGUAAACUGGGAUUAGAUGUGCACUCUGUGAUGGAAGUAUUUGUAUUGUCUCAGUGGAGGUAGAAUGUGAUGGAUGGGGACUCUGUGCUGGAGAUACACUCUGUGAUCGAGGUGUGUUUUGUGAUGGAUAUAAACUCUGUGAUGGACAGCAGCAGAUCCAGCUGCACUUGUCACUGACAGUCAAGCUCCUAUGAGGGGGGAGUUCGGAAGCAGUGUGGAGGGUGGAGGACACUGAUGGCAAUGCAAGGACUUGCAGGGGGCCAGUGAGGGAUCCCGUCAGCAGCAGCUGAGCGGGAGAACAGGUGCUACGCAAUGUUUCCAACACAAGCAAAAUGUAUUUACUCGCAGAGCCUUGACACGCUCUGCAUAUCUGUCCUGCAGUGCUCUAAACCUAUGAAACACAUUACAGCUCAAGAUGAAGACACAUCCAUUAGUGUAGUGCUGGAAUAAGAGAGCAAUGACAUCAUCUGCUCUGCCAUAAAAUGUUGUCAAGAUUUUGAGUUGAGCUGUCGAGGUCAAAAAGAUCUCGCAAACAAUUGUCAAUUUCUGGCUGAAUUUUUGGUACAUAAUGACCCACAUUCUGUACAUUUACGUAACAGGUAGCGCUGAAACGAAGGUCGGAACAAUGCCAGAUUCACCAGCCGAUGUGAAAACCCAGCCCAGGUCGACUCCGCCUACAAUGCCACCACCACCACCUGCUGUGAGCCAGGCAGCCAAUCGCAAUGCGUCAUUCACGCCUACAACCAUGCUGAACGGGAGUAGCCACUCGCCAACCGCACUUAACGGAGCUCCAUCCACCCCCAACGGCUUCAGUAACGGGCCAGCCGGCUCGUCCACAGCGGCUCUGCCCACGCAGCAGCUUCCCCCGGCGUGUGGAGCUCGCCAGCUCUGCAAACUCAAACGCUUCCUCACCACUCUGCAACAGUUUGGCAAUGACAUCUCACCCGAGAUAGGGGAGAGGGUGCGCAGCCUGGUGCUCGGCCUCGUGAAUUCGACUCUCACCAUAGAAGAGUUUCACUCCAAACUGCAGGAGGCCACCAACUUCCCUCUUCGACCCUUCGUCAUCCCCUUUCUCAAGGCCAACCUGCCCCUCCUGCAGAGAGAGCUGUUGCACUGUGCCCGUCUGGCCAAGCAGACCCCCGCUCAGUACCUGGCUCAGCACGAGCAGCUACUGCUGGACGCCAAUGCCAACUCGCCACUCGACUCCUCCGAGAUCCUCCUGGAGCUCAACGAGCACGGCAAGAGGAGAACGCCCGACAGGACCAAAGAGGCGGGAGGUGAGAGGGAAGCCUUGCACACCGAGCACAUGGCCAAGCGGCCAUGCACAGUCAGCCCAAGUCAGCGCUUUAGUCCAAGCAGCGGCAUCGCAGCCCACGCUCCUCCCAACGGCCUGCCCACUCAUCCUCCCAAUGGCCUGGCCCACCCGAGUGCCCCCGGCCCACAGCAGUACCGCCUGGAGGACAUGGCCAUGGCCCACCAUUACAGAGACGCCUACAGACACGGCGAGCACAGGGACUCUCGCGAACGCCACCGCCAGACAGCUGUUCAUGGAGCGCGUCAGGAGGAGGUCAUCGAUCACCGGCUCACCGACCGUGAGUGGGCUGAGGAGUGGAAGCACCUGGAUAACUUGCUGAACUGCAUUAUGGACAUGGUGGAGAAGACGAGGCGCUCUCUGACCGUGCUGCGCCGCUGUCAGGAGGCCGACCGUGAAGAGAUGAACCACUGGAUCCGGCGCUACAGUGACGUGGAGGAUAUGAAGAAAGACAUCCACCGAGACUUCCUUCAUCGGCCUCCGUCUGGCUACUUGCCUGAAGAGAUCUGGAGGAAGGCAGGUGCCCCCAGCAUCCCGCUCUCCCCAGCAAUAAAGCAACUGCACAACAAACAGGAGGAGGCAGUGAACGAGGUGAAGAGACAGGCCAUGUCUGAGCUGCAGAAGGCCGUGUCCGACGCUGAGAGGAAAGCUCACGAGAUGAUCUCAGCCGAACGCUCCAAGAUGGAGAGAGCACUAGCAGAGGCCAAGAGACAGGCCUCGGAGGACGCGCUGUCCGUCAUCAACCAGCAAGAAGACUCCAGCGAGAGUUGCUGGAACUGCGGCCGCAAGGCAAGCGAGACGUGCAGCGGCUGUAACACAGCGCGGUACUGCGGCUCCUUCUGCCAGCACAAGGACUGGGAGAAACACCAUCACGUGUGCGGCCAGACACUGCAGGGGCUACCCGGAGGCGGCAGCGUUCCUCUGGGAACUCCUUCCUCUUCAUCGUCCUCCUCUUCUUCCUCCUCCUCCUCUUCCAGCGCUCCGCCCACACACUCGGAGAGCACCACUCCGGGCCCUCUGUCCCUGGUUGGGCAGGCUGGCGGUGGAGGAAGCCCCAAAGACAGCAGCUCCAGCUCAAGCAGCGUGUCGCGUUCCACCACCCCUGCCACACCUGCCCUGCUGGAUUCCUCCUCCCGCUGACCUCUGACCCCCAGUCUGGGUACACUCACUGCUACCGCUAACGCUGCUGCUGCACCUGCACCCAAAAGAAGAUGAGAAAUGUUCACCACAAAUCCUCGCACUUCUUCCCGCCUCACUUCUUCUCAACUACCUGAAGCUCUCAUUUAACCCUAGCUCUAUAUUUAUUACAGUUUGAAAGGGUUUGAUUUACCGAGGACGCAGACAGCGAUUUUAACCGUGUCUUAUUAAAAAUAAGGCAGCAAGAAAUAAAUUCAAGCUUGGCUUUAUGAAUAAUUUAAGCCCUGUAUAUAUGGUCAUCCCAGCACGCAUGGAGGCAGUUUACACCUGACACACUCCGUCCUCUUCCACAGAGAGCAAUGGGAAUUUUUAGAGAAGCUUGAAUAGGAGUUAGAUUCCUUCUGCCAGUCUAACACACGCUUUUGCCGUUCUCUCCUGUCUGGGUUUGAACGGAGGGUCGACAGGCUUCCCCUCCCCUCCCAGAGCUCCGUUCCUCAAACCAUGAACCUUGAAUCUUCUUUCCCCGGUUUGUUUUUGGCUUUAACAAGAAAAUCCAAAAAUCCAAAAAUAAUGAUGCUAAUAAUAAUAAUAAAAAGAAUAAAGACCUGAUAACUACCUUGCUAGCGAGCCAAGAAAAACCUACACCGGACUCACCUCUCUGUUCUGAUGCGAACCCAAAUGAAAAAAAGACAAAAAAACAUGAUCCAAACCUUUUUAAUACACUGCCAAAGUUUCACGGAGAAGCACUCGUCUUGUAACCAAACGCGAACGACGCAAAACCUCCUCAAACCCAAGUCUGGUUUCUGUGGAGAGGCAGCAAGGAAAAAGGAACAAAUUCAAUCCCUGCCUCCCUCCUCUCACUGUGCCCCCUCCUUCCCUCCCUGGCUCAGUUCCCCACAAUCCCCUGCUCCAACCCCAAGGAACACGGUGAAGUGACGUGCUAUUCCGCCUCUGCUCAAAGCAAAAAGACAUAUAGGCGGAGAGAGAAAGCAAGGACAAAUGGACCAAACAAGAUGUAUGGGAAUGAACGCGCUCUUGGCCUCGAAAGAAAAUUGGCACUGCAAAUGCCAAAAAAACCCCACAAAACCCUCAAAAAGAACUGAGAAUGUCUAGGAUCGCACUCCAAGGACGAGUCUUUUGAAGCAAUUCUCCGUUUUUUUUUCUAAAACUCUCCCAAUUUUACACCGAGCUGUAAUUUUCACUCUCCCUCGUUUUCCAAAGCAUGAAGAGCAGACUGCUAAAAAAACUGUCUCAUAAAAAGCAGUGUGGACUUGAUUUCUCUUCUAUGUAUCUAUCUCUAUCUCUCUCUUUCUCUCUGUUUUUUUCUACCUCCUGCCUACUUGUCCCUUUGUCUCCUUCCCCUCUGAGCGGAUAUCUAAGAAGGGAUCAAACGUGUAGAUACUGCUUUCUGGUUCUCGAUGUCUCUGUCUCUGAUGUCUCCCUGUGCUGUCUGACUUUUUUUCUUUCUUUUUGUUUUUUUUUUAUACUUUCUUUCUUCGUCUUGUUUUCAGUUUGGGCCGGACAUGUAAAGACGUUCUGAGGGGAGAAAUCUGUAGAGUAGAAACUCCUCAUGUAUUUUAUAUCACUCGUGUUUUGAGACAGUGAGAGGACAGAGGUGCAAUAUGAGAAGAGAAUUCAGCUACUGAAUGGAACCUCAGAAACCACCCUUAGGGUACCUUAUAAUAUAAAUCUACAUAUAAAUCUAUUUAAAAUAACAACCAUAACUUAAUGUGAAUGUAUAUAGUAUUUAAAAGUAAGAGGUCCAAAAAAAUGUGUUUGCCAAAUAACAGAAGGUAUAAUGUCUACAAAUAAUUUCUCAGUUCUUUUCCUUUCCAAAUCAAAGCAAUUGUAAUUACUCAUUCAGACCCAUGCAUUUUUGUCCCGUCUGUUUUACUCUGUAUAUUGUGUAAUCUAUAGAUGUAGGUGACAGCAAGUCCUGAUUUUGCCGAGACACAGGUGUUCGUGGGUCAGCGAGGGCGGGGCUUAAGUUCAAUUUGAUCUGCCAGUCGCAAACUUCGUAUGAUCGUAUGACAUCAUCACAGUACUUUUCCUAAUGCGAGUGGCUUUAAAGGAGCAGCUUGUAAAUUUGCUGCCUCUGCAAAAUCAGGACCUACGUAGUGAAACGGGGGAGGUGAAUGUCAGAGCUGGUGACUCAUCACUGCUUGUACAGUUUAUUGCCAGAGGGCUAAAAGAGAAGUCUUGCGAUUCAAAGUGUGUGUUCACGAACGCAAUCUUGUUAACCAUGAUGCUGAUGGCAGGCUUCCAAGUCACUUCUUGUUGAUUUCAGUGUAACUGUGUGAAAUAUUGCACGCUUUCUCACUGAACUAACCUCCGGCGUAGUCAUGGUCCAAAUCCGAUACCAGGGUCAAGCUAACACUUUUUGUUUGUUGUCUAUACUGCGGUACAUGGCUAUGGUUUUCCCUGAUGCAGUCAUCAGCUUUCUCUCCGGAGGAGUAUAAACACACUGAAGAGUGUGGAAUGAGGUUUAAGUUUUUUACUAAUAAAGGGCCGUAUAAUGAUAUAAUGAUGCCCAAAAUGAUAAAAAGCCCUUAAGAAUAAAGUGAGUCCGUCACCCUGAAAGAAUUGUUGGUCUAAAAAUGCACUCCAUACUGAGUCGGCUGAACGGGCAGAAACAUUUUGUGCACUCAGACGUCCUGUCCACAUGCCAUACCUCUAAUACGGACCAAACUUGAAGGUUUCCUGCUUAGUGUCUUGUCCUAUUUAGCGCUUUUUUGAUGUCGGCUCCUUUAAUUUAAGUACAGUGCAUUGAUUAUUGAAUGAUCUAUUUUCUUAUUUCUAAAUUAAUAUAUGAAGUCUUUCACCUAUUCAGUCGAUAUGUAAAGCUUUCACAUAUGUGUAUGAUGAAGCAGAACUACAGAGCUGUGUGUGGCUCUCGUCCCCCCGUUUGUUAAUCCUCGGCCUUCCGUCUCCUCAUUAGCUACCUCCUGUCCAAGAGUGUGAGAUCUACGUGCGCUCAGAGGGCCGUGCCACUAGCAGACAUGCAAACCCUCCGCCAUACAAAGAAGCAAUUUACAUUCAGCCUGCAUGUUAUUUUAGAGUUUAGACAGAAAUAUGAGUUUGGGUUUUAGACCAAAAGGAAUGAAAGGCUUUGUUCACACAGCAGGGCAAGUCUGAACGUCAGCAUUGUAAAUGACAAAUGAUCAAAUAUGUAUUGUUUGGACUGUCGCCACAUUUGCUCCAUCAGUUGCCGUAGUAACAAUGCAGAUGUGCAUGCUGAUCUUAACAAAUUUCAUUAAGAUGUGUACCAAAUGAUGAAAGAUACACAUAACAUCCAAUUUGACUGGACAAAUUAGAGACAACUAGAAACUAGCGACAAACUAGUAACAUUUCCAGAAAUCCAAUCAGAAUUGAAAUUCCAUACAAAUGUGGCUUAAGUCAGAUUCGAAAAAAAUUGUUUCUGUGUUUUAUUUUAGCUUUCCUGAACAAAAAACUGGAUUUGACCUGUCUGUCUGAACAUAGCUGAAGUCAUGCUAUAUUUUAUAAGCAGUUGGUUGAGUUUUAUUUAAACAUUCAGAAUAGAAACAUAUCCCAUAGUUAUCCAAAAUAACAGACCAAAGCACCUCUGUAUGCUGGUUAAUCGCAGCCUUUUGAACAUGAGCUAGUGCGAACUAAGGGCCCUGAACCAAAGUGUAGGAAAUAACCACACACUUCAAGCACAAGACAGAACAGCCUGGGGCUGAAAGUACAAAGCCACAGCUAGGCAUGUGCCUAUGUUGUAUAUACAGUCAUAUUCAACAUGUAUUAUAUUAUUACUGUGUGCAUAGGCAGGAGGCAGCCUAUGUAGACAGCAUGACAGAUAGCACUCGUGACAGUUUUUUUUUUUUUU